AUGCCGUUGAACAAGUUGAUUCAAGAUGGAGACAAUCAGGAUUUGACGAACGAACGAUUCAAGGCGUGAGUUGAAAAACACGAGAGUGUGACAAUCCCGUACAAAAAUAUCGAAACCCGUAGAUUACAAACCCCGUAUAGUCAAAUCCCGUAGAAAAAUAUCGAAACCCGUAGAAAUAAGUACGCAAACACAGAUACGCCAAAAUCAGAAAACUCAGAAUAUUGGACUCCUCAUGGCAAUGUUUAAUCGUUCUGCCAAAUUUUCAUGUCUCAAAUGAAUAGUUACUAAAUGGGCGAAAACGGCAAUCAAAAAUGAGUCAAAACAGUGUGCGCGCACCUUGCAUUAGGCCCCGCCCAUUUCUACGGGAUUUGACUCCACGGGUUUCGCAUUUUCUACGGGAUUGUCACACUCGCGAAAACACCGGAAGACAAAUGGAUGAACUAUUCAGAACGUUCGAUACGGACGUGUUGGCGGCCGAGUUCCACGGAGGAGAAGAAUCUCUGAAGAGAGUCCGUGAGCUGAGGGAUGAGAUUACGAAGAGAGGGCAUCUGUUCGACGCGAUCCCUGCUGCUCACCGUACAAGAGCCGAGAGAAUGGAGGACGUCAGCAGAAAGGUAUUCGUGCGCUGGAAAUCUGAAAACUGUAUACUUUAUGAAACUUUUCCCGUGGUUAACCUCUAAACUCUUUUCUGCAGUCUAUUUGCGUCCAAUUCAAAUGCCCGUUUUCCAUGACAAACUGCUCGAUUUCAGCUGAAAAACCUGAUGGAGACUGUCGGGGACUUUGCCGAUUUCACCAAUUCCCUGGACAUGCUGACUAUCAUCCGGGAUGUGAUGGGAAUCGAGGGAUUCCCUUUGGCUCUCCACAAUCUCAUGUUCGUGCCGACCAUCCGAAAUCAGGCCGACGACGAGCAGACUGUACGUUCCUGAUGUUCACUUUACCGCGUGAUAAUGCGCUUUCAGGAGUGGUGGCUGAUGGAUGCCAUUCAAGGAAAAAUCAUCGGAACUUAUGCCCAAACGGAACUCGGUCACGGUGAGUUGGACGAUUCUUUCCAGGAAUAGAUCGUCUAAUCCGUGUCCAGGAUGCGCGCACUACACGCGAGUUUUCCCUUUUGCAGAACGCCUCACUGAUAACGGGGCAAGCUCCUAGAAAUUGUUGCAAAACUACCUUAUCAGAAUAAUCUGUGACACGUGAAAUAUGGGUAGAAUGUGAUUGAUGAUAAACUGUGGUGGAGGAAAGAAAGAAGGAGAGUGUGGCGGAGCAGGACAGAAAAGAUUGAAAGAGCGGAGUGGUCAUUGGGCGGAACGACCUGGUAAUCUUAUUGUUUCACGCAUGGUUAUCAGCUUUAAGAGUAGCAUCUCUUCAAGAUAUUUCGGGCUUGAAACGUGCUUACAGACACCCACGAAUGACCGAGUUCUUAUGUUAUUAUCUCGAUCUUUGAUGACUUUUUCGCUCAUUUCCGAUACAUAGCCUUUCAAAGUCAGAAAGUGCUUUCUGACCACGUCAUGCGUUUCUGUUCAGAGACCAUUUUUAAGCUGAAUGAUAAAAAUACAUUUGCAGGAACCAAUUUGAAUGCGAUCGAAACGACAGCCACUUAUGAUAAGAACACCGAAGAGUUUGUCAUCCACACUCCGACCACAACCGCCACCAAAUGGUACGAACAUCCCUCGAGCAUCCCAUCUCAUCUACCCAAUUGCAAUAUUGCAGGUGGCCGGGAGGUCUCGGAACCAGCUGUACGCAUGUGAUCUUGGUGGCCAAUCUGAUAAUUGACUCCAAGAAUUACGGUCUCCAUACGUUCUUCGUGAACAUCCGCGACUGUAACACUUAUGCGGCCACGUCUGGAGUGAGAGUCGGAGACAUUGGAACCAAAAUGGGCAUCAACUGUGUGGACAACGGGUUCCUCGCCUUCGACAACUACCGUAUCCCCCGUCGCAACAUGCUCAUGAAGCAUAGUAAAGUGUCAAAGGACGGAAUCUACACCGCGCCUUCCCACCCCAAAGUCGGCUACACCACGAUGCUCCACAUGCGAUCCGAAAUAGUCUACCAUCAGGCGUACUACCUUGCCAUGUCUAUGGCCAUCUCCAUCAGAUACUCGGCCGUUCGCAGACAAGGAGAGAUCAAAGCGGGCACGCACGAAGUCCAGAUCCUCGACUACCAGACCCAGCAGUACCGUCUGUUUCCCGGUCUCGCCCGUUGUUUCGCUUUUAUGACUGCCGCCGGAACAGUCCGUGCCAUGACCGAGAGCUGCAUCAGGGAGCUCUCGACCGGAGGCGGUUCUAAUGUGCUCGCUGACCUGCAUGCUCUUUCUUGCGGGCUCAAAGCAGUCGUCACUCAUCAAUCCUCUCAGGCCAUCGACCAGGCAAGACAGGCUUGUGGAGGACACGGAUACUCGGAUGCCAGUUACCUGCCCACCCUUUAUAGUGAGUGAUUCUACGAUCCGUACGCUGGUCCGUACGCUACGAUUAAGUCUAUUUGCAGCUGCCUCGGUGGGAGCAUGCACGUACGAGGGAGAGAACGUCGUGAUGCUUCUGCAGCUGGCCAAGUAUCUCAUGAAAGCGGCGACGCAGGCGGAGGAGGGAGUUGUGAUGGCUCCGUUGGUCACAUAUCUCGUUAAACCGGAGCCUUUCGAUGGAAACGGUUGGCAUUCAUUUCCAGAUGAAUCAUCCGGAUCAUCACUUUUUCAGACAAGUUCGCAAAGCUUCUCAGCCACUUUGAGCACAUCGCCCGUCACCGUGUAAUAUAUGCUUAUCGCCAGAUAAUCGAAGAGGAAAAACGAGGCGUGGAGCGGGAUUACGCCUUCGCGAACCACUCCGUCGACUGGUCUAAGGUGCCCUUUCACGCGACACAACAGAUGCGAUGAUGUUUCAAUUUGCAGGCCGCCCGUGCACACACAAAGUUGUUUAUCGCGACCGGCUUCGUGAAGAGAGUGCGGGGAGUCGCUAAUGAGGCAGUUCGGGAUGUGUUCACCACCCUUGCGGAGCUCUAUCUCUCCUAUGAACUCAUCGAAAUGGCGGCUGACUUGACUGUGGGCGGAUACCUUUCAGAGGCUGAAGUGCAGGAAAUCCGAAACGGAAUCUACGAUGCCAUGAGAGAAAUCCGUCCGAAUGCGGUCUCCAUCGUCGACUCCUUUGAUCUUUGUGAUCGGGAGCUUCGUUCUGUAAGUUUUCCGUUCAGUAAUAGCCCAUUCCUCUUCUAACUGUUUCCUGUGCCAGGUCCUCGGUCGUCGUGACGGACACGUGUAUGAGAACUUGUACAAAUGGGCUCAAAUGAGUCCGCUCAAUGAGAAGAACCUGCCUCAUGUUGAGAAAUAUCUGAAGCCAAUGACUAGCAAAUUGUAG